AAAUUUUUGUUUUUAUAAAAUGUCAGUCGUUGACUGGACUCCACAUAAGAAAGUUGGAAAAUUGGAAGAUUUGUUUUUCCAUUGUCAGUGUUUCGUUUUGUGUGUGACGCGAGGUCUGUGAUUUUUGUUGCUUCUUUAAUUUCGUUUUGGAGUUAGAAUUUUUGGAAAAAGGAUGGCUGUAGAACCAUUCCGUUUGAUGACAACGCCGUUAGAUGAGGAGACCAGAUUAGUUGCAGAAAGAGAGCUCAGAGAAACGCCUGAAGUUAGGGACAAAGCUAUCGUUGAGCUAAGACGUCUGUUAGGCGAAAACAAAGAUUUGUAUUAUGCUGACGAUGAUAAAACGUUGCUGGUAUUCCUUAGGCCAACUCACUUUUAUCCAGAGAGUGCUAUUAAACUGAUGCGAAGAAUAGCAGAAUUCAAGCAAGACUACGUUAAAAUUCUAAAAGAUCUCGUACCGGAAGAUGAAAAAUCAUCGUUCGUCGAUAACAACGUCGUGAAUGUACUUACAAAUUUAGAUCAGGAUGGACGGCGAGUGCUCAUCGUGAAUUGUGGUAGCCUUUGGAAUACGAAAAAAGUGUCAGCCGAUUCUCUGUUCCGUAUAUUUUAUCUGGUUCAUGUGGCCGCACAAGUCGAAGAAAGUACCCAGGUCCGUGGUGUCGUCGUUAUAAUGGACUUCGACGGAUUGGGAUUGUCGCAGGUGCGAUCGUUGUCGCCGUCGUUUUCGAAAAGACUACUCACAUUCAUACAGGAUGCUAUGCCUAUUCGAAUGAAACAAGUGCAUAUCAUCAAUGAACCGGGUAUUUUCAAAAUGGUAUGGGCCCUGUUCAAGCCAUUCAUUCGUGAGAAAUUAGGAUCGAGGAUGUUUUUACAUGGAAAAGAUCGCGAUUCCUUGCACAAACAUAUGAAUCCAGAGUUUUUACCAGCAAAUUAUGGUGGUAAACUACCCGCUAUAGAUUACACCGGUAAAGACUGGUAUCCAUCAGUUACAGAACAUUUGGGCUACAUUGAACAAUGGAACACUUACGGUUUUGCAAAUAAUAAGAAGUAGAAGAUAAAAUUGAUAAAUAUUGCAAUGUACAAAUAAUGAAAGAGAUGUCUCCAUAACAAUUUCUGACACAAAAUGAUGUUCACUAUUUUUUAGAUAUUCAAUUUAUUGUUCUAUUUUCGAUCAAUUUUUUAUAUUUUCGUAUAUAUUAGGGUAAGGUACUUCAGUUAUUUUGUUAUGACGAUGUUUCAUUAUUUUAUGUUUCGUUAAAUAGAUUGCACGGUGCGGUUGAAUCAAUUUUAACUCAGCAUUUCGAUGCACUUUUGAUAUUUUUGGAUAUUAUUGGAUAUUAUUAGUCAGUUCGGGGCCCUGAACAAAGUUCCACAAAAAUUUUUGAUUUUCAUCCGUACCGUCGGUGACAUUUGGUGCAUAGCCCUAGCCCAUCCUGUCUACAGAGAGAGUGGUGGAAAAUUUUUGUGGAACCUUGUUGAGGGCUUCGAGCUGACUAAUAAUAUCCAAAAAUAUAAAAAGUGCAUCGAAAUGCUCAGAUAAAAUUCAUUCAACCGCACCGUGAUUAUUGGGUUAAUUCAGCUGUGGUUAUUUUCAUAUUUUAAUUGAAUCGUUAUUUACCUACUCAGGAAUCCGUAGAGUGCGAUAUGGUAUCACAUACGGAGUGGUUGAAUUGAAUUUAAUUGAAUAUGUUGAUAAAAUAAACUUUUAAUAUUUUUCUGUAUUUUUAA